GAAAGAAAGAACGAACGACUCGUGGUUUUGUAGAGAUGUAGAGGUUAUAAUGCCCAGUUUGUUUUUGACUUAGUUGAAGUUUAGUUGUCAUGCCGUACCGUUGUUUUACAAAUUUCAAAUACUUUAGGACCGUCUACAGAUCCCCGAGAAUAGUGAGGCUGGAUUUGUAGUGAUAUUAUAUUUUUACAGUGAACUGUAGGUUAUGAAGCUAGUGUUGUUUGCAGUUGUAGGUGUUAUGAAAACAGUUUUCAGGCAGUAAAGUUGAAUAUUUACACAAUGUCAUUACGACAGGAAGAUAAUUCAAGUAUUACACGCAGUAUUGAGAAUGUUUUCGACAGACAUUUUGCUUCUUCGACUAAAUUAUCCACUUCAGAACCUUCGAAACUUUCCAGAUCUAUGUUGGAAGACAAUCUUUUCUCAGCGCCCACAGCUACUAUGGAGGAUGACUUCAAAUAUUUUGACGAUGACAAUAAUUCGAAUCAUGGAGAUGUUUAUCACGAUGAAGAUACCUGUCCAGUUGUUGAUGGAAUGUCAGAGUUUACAGCCAGUCCUACCCUGAUACAUGUGACCACUUUGGGAUCCCACAUACCUGAACAUCACAGGAAACAUCAUGACAUGCUAAGGAAACACUACAGGUUCCCAACAGCCUCGUACAGGAAGCUAAGGCGUAGAGCUGUGUUCAAGAAUGGAGAUCGAAAUGUCGCUCAGAUUAACAUAUCUAAGAGACGACGAAGGUAUAUGCAGGACAUCUUCACGACACUAGUAGACGUGCAAUGGCGUUGGACCCUGCUAGUGUUUGCCAUGUCGUUCCUGCUGUCUUGGCUGGCAUUUGGCUGCGUCUGGUGGCUGAUUGCCUUCACACAUGGCGACUUGGACGAGGACAAUAUGGCCGACGAGAACUGGCAACCCUGUGUGGUGGCGAUCACUUCAUUCGCUAGCUGCUUUCUGUUCAGUAUCGAGACCCAACACACUAUUGGUUAUGGAUCACGCUCCACCACUGAACAGUGUCCCGAGGCGAUUAUUGUCAUGUGUCUGCAGAGUAUUACUGGAGUUAUGAUUCAGGCGUUCAUGGUAGGCAUCAUAUUCGCCAAGAUGGCGCGUCCCAAGCAGCGCACACAAACACUGCUGUUCAGUCGGCAGGCGGUCAUCUGCCAGCGAGACGGCCAGAUGUGUCUGAUGUUCCGCGUGGGUGACAUGCGACACAAGUCACAUCUCAUCUCAUCCAGUGUCAGGGCCCAACUCAUCAGGCCACAUCAGACCAAGGAGGGCGAGUAUUUGGCUCCGUUUCUCUGCGAUUUGAAGUUACAAACCGACGAAUACGACUCCGACGUCUUCCUAAUCUGGCCGAUGAUCGUGUUCCACAAGAUCGACGCCUCUUCCCCCCUCUUCUCCCUCAGCGCCGCCGACAUAAUCCACGAGAAGUUCGAGAUCAUAGUGAUCCUCGAAGGCACCACAGAGUCGACAGGACAGACAACGCAAGCGAGAACCUCCUACCUGCCCGGUGAGAUUCUGUGGGGUCACCGGUUCGAGCCCAUAGUCAGCUACAACAAGGACCGCUGCACCUAUCAGGUGGACUACAGUCUGUUUCACAACACCUAUCAGGUGGAUACGCCGCUCUGCAGUGCGCAACAGCUCUAUAACCUCACUAUGGCCGAGGAGGGUAGUUUGGUCGAGAAUGUGGAGGUGGCCUGAAGGGUGAGCAGGAAAACUACUUGAAAUUAUUGUAAAAAAAGAGAAAGUUUGGUUGAGAACUUGGGAAUGAAGUAAAAAUUGAGGAAAAAUACUUGAAAUUAUUGUAACCAAGAGAAAGUUUGGUUGAGAACUUGGAAAUGAAGUAGAAAUUGAAGAAAACUACUUGAAAUUAUUGUAACAAAGAGAAAGUUUGGUUGAGAACUUGGGAAUGAAGUAAAAAUAGAGGAAAAAUACUUGAUAUUGUAACAAUUACAGGGAGAGUUUUGUGGAGACUAUCGUAAUUGAUUCAGAAGAUUGAGGUAAACUACUUGAAGCUGUAACAACUGCAGGGAGAGUUUUGUGGAUAAUUAAGUAAUAGACUCAGGAAAUUUAGGAAAACUACUUGAAAUUGUAACAAUUUCAGGGAGAGUAUUGUGGAGACUAUAGUAAUCGAUUUAGAAGAUUGAGGCAAACUACUUGAAAUUGUUACAAUUGAAGGGAUUGUUUUGUUGAGAAUUUAGAAAAUAAUUCAGAAAAUUAGGGAAAACUACUUGAAAUUGUAGCAAUUGAGAUGGUAGUUUGUUGGAGAAUUUUGAAAUCAAUUCAUAAUAUUGAGGAAAACUACUUGAAAUAAGUAAAUUACCUGAAAAUUGAUUCAUAAUUGAGGAAAACUACUUGAAAUUGUAACAAUUAAAGGGAUAGUUUUGUUGAGAAUUUAGAAAACAAUUCAGAAUAUUGAGGAAAACUACUUGAAAUAAGUAAAUGACCUGAAAAUUGGUUCAUAAUUUAGGAAAACUACUUGAAAUUGUAACAAUUUGAGUGGUAGUUUGGUGUAGAACUUGUGAAUCGAUUCAUAAUAUUGAGGAAAACUACUUGAAAUAAGUAAAUGACCUGAAAAUUGGUUCAUAAUUUAGGAAAACUACUUGAAAUUGUAACAAUUUGAUUGGUAGUUUGGUGUAGAACUUUUGAAUCGAUUCAGAAAAUCCAGGAAAACUUGAAAAAUUGUAAGCAAUUGAGAUGGUAGUUUGUUUGAGAAUUUUGGAAUCGAUUCAGGCAAUUGAGGAGAAUCACUUGAAAUUGUAAUUGACAUGAAAAUCUAUUUAUAAAUUUGAUGAAAACUACUUGAAAUUGUAACAAUUUGACUGGUAGUUUUGUGGAGAAUUUGUGGAUCGAUUCAUAAAAUUGAGGUAAACUACUUUAAAAUGUAAAUGGCCUGAAAAUUGGUUCAUAAUUGAGGAAAGCGACUUGAAAUUGUGAAUAGUAUAAACAUCAUUCGAUUGAGAAAAAAUUCACUUGAAAUUGUAAAACAAUAGAAGUGGAAGUAUGGUGUAAAUUUUUGACAAUCGAUUCAGAAAAUUGGCAAAAACUACUGAACAUAACAUCCUGAAAAUCGAUUCAAUAAAUUGAGGAAAACUACUUUAAAUUGUAACAAUUGAAGUGAUUCUGAAAACCGAUCCAUUAAAUUGAGGAAUUGAAAUUGUAACAAUUACUUAUUUUGUGGGUAAUUUACUUGUUCUUUGUGUAUACUUGCGACAAUUUCAAGUAUUUUAUUCAGUAGGAAAGUUUGGAAAUGGCCUAAAAAUCAACUCCAAAUAUUGAAGAAAACUACUCGAAACUCUAACAAAGUGACUGAGGAUUUGAAAAUUGCCUGAUGAGAAUCGAUUUACAAAAUUAAGGAAAGCUACUUGAAAUUCUUCCAAUCACAAAACCUUUGAGAGAACUUGUACUGUGUGUGUACUUGAAUUCCGGCUCUGCUAAGCAGAAAGAGAAUAUCAUUGUCUCUUAUGGCAGUCUUCACACGUUCAGUCUGUCAUGUGUGAACACUCCCGUAUAAACCAAUAGUGUUAUCUUUCUGCUCAGUGUAUAGAAAUUCUGUGACUGUACAACUUUUAAGUAUGAUUAACAUAAUUUUGUGUUGUAUUCAAAUUUUUAUUGUCAACUGCCCUGUUUCUUUUUGAUAAUUGAGGAUAAUUAAGGAGGCUAAAACCAGAUAACCCUUUAUAGAGCUAUAGAUCUAUGAAAUCAAUACUUGUAUAAUACCGGCAAUAAUUGUUAUAGUUGUUGAUUUUUAAAUACCAGUUAUAAAAAAUAUGAAGUAUAAUUUUCCAUAUCUAGCAAACAUCACUAUACAAGGUUGUGCAUUAAUAACUUUACUAUUUAAAGCUUCUCUACGUUCUAUAUUCAAUUUUACUUUCUAAAGCGUUCAGUAUCACAAUGUUUAUCAAUUCCAAUACUACUUCAAUUCUUCUCCAUUUUAAAAUUAACAUUUUUAUGAAUGUUUUCAGAAACGUAAAAACCGUAGAAGUGUAUGAAGUUUUAAUUUCAUGUUGUCUUUUUUGGUUUCUUCAUCCUUAAAAGCUUUAUUUUUCUUUUUUUGUGUUUUCAUCUUUGAAAGCUUCAUUUUGUCUUCUCAUUGGUUCUAUUAUCAAUGAAAUGCUUCCAAUGACUGUAUAGUUGAUA